AGCAGGACCAGCGCGAAGAGGACUGGCUGCAGCGAGGGCCAGUCGGAGAAACCCAGGAGCAGGAAGAGAUCCUCGGAGCUGUGAUUUGCCUGAGAGGAGAAACUCCAAGAAGGUUUGGAAGUUGUAGUUAAGGAAAAUUUCUUCUUUGUGACAGACCUUCAGCUAUUGACAUCAGAAGAGAAGGAACAGAAGACAGGGUAACGCGAGCCCCAUUCGGAAGGCAAACAGAAGAAAGUUCUGCGGCUCCUUGUGCCUGACCGCUGCAGCUUCUCUUGCGCUUCCUACAGCUUGGAGCUCCCAAUAAAGUGUGCUUGAGAAGAAUCCUGUUGUUGUCGUUCUUCCUGCUGGCGGGACGGGCGCAACAAGUGGUGCCGAAACCCGGGAAUUGUCAACAAACGGCCAGUCGAGAGGACCCCUGAGGAUACUUCCAAGGGAGGAUUCAAAACUCAACACACAGAGCAGUGGUACUGAGCCAAGCUGAUCCUAUCUGGGUGCCAGAGCAGUUGACUCGAAUUGUACGUCAUGAGAAGACAAGGAAUGACACCCUCCUUACUACUGUUGAUGAUCCUGAGCCUGCUCCUGCCGAUGAUGAUAAAGGGGAAUAAGAUGCAAUUUUGGGCUGUGGCCAGAACAUGGCCUGUCCCUAUGCCGGUUCAUUCUUAUUCUGGUGUCUUACCUACUUUAUUCUCUAUAUCCUGCCAAGGGGAAAUGCCUUGCAUCAGGGAUCCUAUGCAAACACCAAAAAUUUAUAAUCAAACCUCUUUUCAACUGAAUGGCACUUUGUGCUUUUUCCAGGGUAAUAAGAAUCAGGCCCCCCCAUGUAUUGUAUUACAGAAACAAAAUCUUAGUGCUUGGCAGGACCCAUUGGAAAAGUCUAAAGUUGAUAUGAGCAUAAUAAUCGCAGCUUUAACCCAGAUAACUAAGGGAAAACAAUAUGGGUCAGGAGAGGGAGGAAAUGUUACAAAUGUUAACAUUACCACGUUAUUGUUACAGAGUGAAGUGACCGUCCCCUCUAGACAGUCAAAUCUUAAGAUAAAUCCUAGUAAUAUAAAAAGUGGCCCCUGGUGUGAACCUAAUUAUGCCUUCCCCCCAACUUUCACUCCAUGUCAGAGUCCAGACAAAAUCCAGAAACAGAUCCUGCAGGGAUUCCAAAUGACCCCCCCAUUAAGGCGCUACCAAUUUAAGAGUAAAGGAAAUAAUACACUUAGUAAUAGCGCUGGAUGGCCCUGGUAUCAAUGGCUUCUGUCCAACGAGGUAGGUGCAAUGGCGGAUGUGUCAGCCUUAGCAGGAUUAUUGGGUGCUAAACAUGCAUUAUGGAAUAUUUCAGCAGUUCGAAUCAAUAAGAAUGAUAAAAUCUACAUUAAGGAUAUAACCAAAAAUCACCAAUGGAUUAAUAGUAGCUUUAAUCCAGCCUCAAUUUGUGUGCAAGCCCCAUUCUUCUUUCUAACAGCGAAUGUUAGCACCAACACCUCUUCGAUAGAUUGCAAGAACACCACGUGCUGGCUUGCAGAGUGCUGGAAUGCCAGCGUCAACCUGGCUUUAAUAUAUCAACAUUUGUGCAUUACUCCCUUGCAAUUUAAUUUUACUGCUUCUUUCAAUCGGAGUCGCAAGCUAGCUGAAUUUUUGGCAGGAAACUGGACGCUCGAAGGAGAGCAGUUAUCUCGGAAAUUACUAUUCCAGAUUUCUUUUGGCACUGGUUUAAGAGAAGAAUAUGGAAACAUUUAUAACUCUGAACUAAAGAAGCUUUACAACUUCUAUGAGCAGAACUUAAUGGGCAAGUCUGAUUCAGCUGAGGAAGCAGAAUUAGAGGAGGAGGUGGCAAAAGAUCACCAAGAAGAGGACUUUCCACCUUUUAUAGUCUUUACGAAACCUAAGAGUGAACAGAAAGACAAAUAUUCAGAGGAGGACACUGACAAUGCCAGGUGGCUGCCAGAGAGGGUGGUCCAGUACGUGGGGAUUGAACAUCAGAAGAAUGAUGCCUCUGCUACUGAUGAUGUGGGUUCAACUCCCGAUAACCCACAGUUAGCUGUAUUGGGCUUAUGUUCCUGA